AUGUUGAGACUAACUCAGAGGACAGGUCUAUUGCUUGCAGAUACAUGUUUUAGAAACUUGAGGCUACGCCAUUUUCAUUGCUCCAGAGCCGUUUGGAAAGACGAAAAGUCAAAGCAGAUGUUGAAGGAUUUGAGUUUGAAUUUGCAAAAGGGAAAUAUAAAUGAAUCUGAAGAUGAGAAAAAUCCAGAGAAAAAGGUAGACCUUGAAGAGAAAAAGCAGCAAAAGCAAGGAGGGGGAAAGGAAAAGAAGCAAAGGCAAGAGCGCGAGCUCGAGCUGACUCAGAAGGCAAGACAAGAGGGCGAGUGCGAGGGCGAGCUUGAGCUUGAACUGACUCAGAAGGCAAGACAAGAGGGCGAGUGCGAGCUUGAGCUCGAGCUGACUCAGAAGGCAAGACAAGAGGACGAGGGCGAGCUUGAGCUGGCCCAGAAGGCAAGACAAGAGGGCGAGCGCGAGCAGAUUCAGGAACAGACUCAGGGGCAAGAACUGGAACUCGAAAAGACGCAGAAACAGGAAUUGGAACUGGCGGCACCAGUGCAAGAACGAGAUCUUUUCAAGGAGUCCACUUCAAAAAAGAAGAGCAAUCCAAUACAGCAGCAGAAGAAAAAGCAGCAGCAACGACAAAAACAACAAAAACAUAUAAUGCAACUACAGCAACAGCAACAGCAAUUCAUACAACAGUACAUAAAAGAAAUGUCCGAAAGUCUACAUCAAAUGUCCUUGGAGGAUUUGAUUUUUCAAAUCGGUUUAGAUGGCGACGGUCCGUUUAUGUCCCUUGAAAAUCCACACUUUGUAAACUCCAAAAAAAUACUUUGUCUGAUUCCAGACAGUCUAGACCUAUUCAACCCCAAAGAUAUGGCAAAAGUCGAUGAAAUCUACGCAAAGUUAAAUAAGCUAGAUUCAAAUCCACAAAUGCAUCAAAAGUUCUUGAAAAGGUUCUUUUUCGAUUAUAAUAACGACCUAAUACUUUUGAGUCAACAUCUCCGAGGAAUACUGUCGAAAUUUAAACAGUUGAGAAGAAAUGAAACUGAUAAAUUUAAACCCGAGAGUACCAUUUACGAAUUGAUACACGAUAAAAUGAAAUAUGCCUAUAAUGUAGUUGGAUUCGACCGAAGCUGCCUUGGAAUGCCAUUGAGAAGUAAUAUGGAAACAGGAGUAUAUCCAAGAGAGUUUAUUCAAGAUUUGCCCCACUUUGACCACAAGAUACAUUUGAAAAAAACCGAUUUCAACUUUGCUGAGAAAGAUGCAUGUAUCAAUGUUGAUCCCAACAAGGUUACUCCACUUAAAGAUCUUUAUGAUUAUGAAAAUCGGGAUUUCAACCGUCAUGAUGAAUAUAAUAAUGACGACGAUGAUGACGAAGGGAGCAGAAGAGGUAAAGGAGGGGGGGUUUAUUCAACUCUCGAGACCAAGACAGGGGUGAAAUACACCCACAAGGCAACACAUCAAUAUCUCAGUGACAACUUGGGAUUACCAAGACAAUAUAUACCGAUCAAAAACUGUUAUAGCUACAGACGGUUGAAAUUGAAUAACCAUCAAAUAACCAAUCGAAUAGAACAAGAGAUUCGGAUUAUGAAGAAACUUCUAACUGAUGAAAUUAAGGCGACUAUUGAAUCAUCAAAUAUUGUACUAAUGUCGACAAAUCAGACAUUCCAUCAAGACGCAAUCAAGUCGAAUCAAUAUAUCUUGUGUGAGAUCAAGGAUAAGCUACCAGGUACUAUUUUCAUUUGGAAAAGCUUUAGUAUUCUUCCCUUAUACUUCAUAUUACCCUUGACCAAACGUCGAGAGCGUACUUUGAUCACCCAUUUGUAUAAACUAUUCCUAAUCAACCUUGAAGAUUAUAUUAAUAUUUUAUUCAAGAUCAAAUACGAUCACACAAGAGACGUCACUAAAUUCAUGAAGACUUUAUUGAAAAAUAUUGGGCAUACUAUUCAAUUUAGACUUUGGCGGUAUUUCAAGAUAAAUAAACGUACGAUAAGUUCACUGGCAGCAGCAGCAGCAGCAAUACUGAGCUUAAACCUGAGUAUUCUGCUACCCUUGUUGAAAUCGAAAUAUAAGCAAAAACAGGCUGUUGUUUAUUCGCCAUUUACAGAUUCUUGUUUCAAGAGAAUUUAUUGGAUUAAACGGGGACAAAGCGAAGGAGAUGAGAGACAAUUGAGACGAGGUGCUAAAAAAGUUGACUUUGCUGUGAUUGGAGAGGACUUGAUAGAGUAA